AUGUCGUUCGAGGUGGAGGAGGAGGAGGCCUUCGAGCACACGCUUCUCGUGGUGCGGGAGGUCUCCGUCUACAAGAUCCCGCCGCGCACCACCUCCGGCGGCUACAAGUGCGGCGAGUGGCUCCAGUCCGAUAAGAUAUGGUCGGGGCGGAUCCGAGUUGUGUCUCGUCGGGACCGAUGCGAGAUUCGCCUUGAGGAUCCGAACUCCGGCGAUCUCUUCGCCGCGUGCUUCGUGUACCCUGGCCAGCGCGAGAGCGCGGUGGAGCCCGUCCUCGACUCGUCGCGCUACUUCGUCCUUAAGAUCGAGGACGGUCGCGGCAAGCACGCCUUCAUCGGGCUAGGGUUCAACGAGAGGAACGAGGCCUUCGACUUCAACGUCGCGCUCUCCGAUCACGAGAAGUACGUCCGCCGCGAGCACGAGAAGGAAUCAGGCGACUCCGCCGCCGCCGAAGAGUCUCAGAUCGACAUUCACCCCGCCGUCAAUCACAGACUUAAGGAUGGGGAAACCAUUAGGAUUAAUGUGAAGCACAAGGUAUCUGGUGGGACUGGCAUGCUUUCAGCUGCUGGCCUAACAGGUGGGCAUGCUGCAACACCAAAGCCAAAAACCUUGAGCCUUGCUCCCCCACCGAGUGGGACUGGGAAAAUCAGGUCUCCUCUUCCACCCCCACCAAAUGAUCCUGUUGCAGCUCGAAUUGCUUCCACCGGUCGUAUUACUGGUGCUAAAGGGACAUAUGAAAGUGUGAAACAUUCUACUGAUUCUUUGUCAGAUCUUUCUCAACUACAGAUUGUUCAGAUGAGAUCUGAUUGUGGUCCGGGUCAUCAAUUUAGAUUUGAAAAGCAAGCAGUUUCUGGGUUAUAUUCUGGAGCAUCCCAGUGUAGCCAAGAGGUUUUCUAUGUUAUGAGUAACAUUCACAUCUCUUUGGUUGUUUGCAUUUACAGAAAAAUCUUCCCUCAACGAACACCUCGGGAGCUUCAGGAUGGGCAGCCUUCUGAUUACAUAUAUGAGCAUUUUAACAAUGAGGCUUUUAUUAUUCUCUGA